AUGGAUCUUAGAAGUGGAAAACAAACUGGAGAAGAAUCAAGUGAGUCUCUAUCAGAACAAGAAACGACAAUGGAACCAGGACCAAUAACAGGAAGAGGAAGAAAAUCGGCAAUACAGAAUAUAUUAGAAGAUAUGAAAACCAUACAAGAAGAUAGAAAGAGGCAAGAGGAAGAUAGAAAAAGACAAGAGGAAGAUAGAAAAAUGCAAGAGGAGGAUAGAAGAAGACUAGAGGAAACAAUAAAACAAGGUAGAAAAGAAGAUUUACAAAAAUUAGAAGAAGGAAAAACAGAAGAUUUACAAAAAUUAAAAGAAGACUUACAAAAAUUAGAAGAAGGAAGAAAAGAAGAUUUACAAAAAUUUGAAGAAGGAAGAAAAGAAGAUUUACAAAAAUUUGAUGAAGGAAGAAAAGAAGAUUUAAAAGAAUUUGAACAAGGAAGAAAAGAAGAUAUGGAAACAAUGGUAAAAGUAAUUGAACAAAAAGUACAAUCCAUCAAGGAAGAAAUUCGACGGAAAACACAAACAUGGAAACAAGAUUUAAAAAGAGAUAUUGAAAAGACAGAGCAGGAGAUAGCAAUGGUAGAGAAUAAAACGAUGGAAAUAGAAGAAACAAUGAAGAAACAGGAAGAUGAAAUGAGAACUAUUGGAAGAAACGUUUCGAAUAAUACUCAUAACAUUGAACAGGUGAAACGACAGGUGGAGGAUAGAGUAAGUGGGAUUAGAAACGAGAUGGAAUUGGAAAGAAGAACAAAAGAAAGAAUAGAAGAACUCCAGAAAGAAGUUGAAAGAAUAAGAGAAUUGAAAGGACGAGAAGGUGAAAUGGUUACAAGAUGGAUUUGUCAAGGAGACAGAAAAAUACAUAAAUUUACAAGGUACAUAAACAAGUUACACCCAAUGGUAUUUAUAAAAUCUAUUAACCAGAUGAUUAAAGAAAUAGAAGAAGAAAUAUUAGAUGAAGAUACUAAACUGGAGAGAAUAAAGGAAAUUAUGAGAGAAAACUUAGAAGCAGAAGCACUGAUAUGGUUCAAUGGCAUAUAA